AUGUCUUUGGGUGAUACGAGAAAGAGAAGACAGUUUGUCUCUCAGGUAACAGAGAAGGAGAUCAUACCUUCUUCUCAUCGACGAAAUCUGGCCGUCGAGGAGAAAUCUGAGUUUAAAACCAUCAACCUUAUGCAUAAUUUUUAUGUAUCCGUUAUGGUUAUGGUUGUGGUCGUGGUGGAAUUCCCUCAAGAAAUUCCAGAUUUCGACAAUGGAAGUUGGAAUUGUUUUCCCACUUUUCUUGUUACUAAUGGAGAAUACUCUAAUACCAAUGAUGAAAGAGGAGCACAGUGGAAGGCCGUUGUUGUUCCAGCGACAGAAUUCGUUGAAGCGAUGACUAUCAAGAAGAAACUAAGGGAAUAUUUUUCACUAUAUCAACAAUGGAUAUUGGAUACAAUCAAUGAUAUCAUCUCCUGGUGCGGGAGGCGGAUGGUUGGCAUGCGAUGGAACAGAUGGAUUGCAGCCAUUGAUCUCUCAAAAAAUUAUUGGAAUCUCAUCAAAACGAUGAUAGCCAAUCAUGAAGAUCAUAUUAGACCGAAGACAACAACGAACAAGGAAAAUAGCAGAUUUAUUAUUCUGUUAGCGCGUAAAGCUUACCUAUUAAAAGAAGUAGUGUUAUUUUCACUUAUUCGUUUAUAUGUUGUCGUGCUUAAAUUUGGAUAA